GGAGCUUGAAUGUUAAGAAAACUCUUAAGCGUAAAGCGUAAACAUAGGUGGAGUAAUUUUUCUACAGCUUUGCAUAUCACGUGUAGGAUCCUUAGCCAAUCGCCAGCUGCAAUCUUCCAACUCCUGAGUAACCGCUAAAAGGGCAACAAGAAGCUGCUCAGCUGUUCCUCGGAAAUGUGUGAGCGAAACAUCCUUAGUCCUAGUUAUGUGGGCUCGCUGUUGAAUUUCCAGUCAUCUGAUUCUUUCUAUUUCCCUGGCAUUCGUGGAAAUGGGGCCCAUCUUUCAGGAAUUCCACAGAUUCCUUGUACUCGCAGAGAUGUGUAUCCUCUUCCAUGGAGUUCCGCUAGUUCGUGCACAUCCUCUACUAGUAGAUCAGUGGCGGCUUACUCACAAGGACUGUUGGUGAGCUCAGUGCCACUCACCAAUAAUAACACCGGCAAAGGGCAAUUGGACGAACCCAGUAAGUACUACUUCCAGGAAACAGGCAGCCUUAAAUCAACGGAAAGAGAGACGUCGUUUUCAAGUCACCAAGAAAAUGCAUCUCCUAGCAGCGCUUCUUCCGCAAAGUAUGAUUUCUGUAAUAUGGAUAACUGUCUGCAUGCUACAUCAUCUCAUCGCGAGGUACAAACCGCAAACCAAAGCACAGCCGAAGCUGGCAAGCAAUCAAUGAGCUUGAAUAUGACAAUGCAGUCACGAUCCAGUCCGCCUUGCAGCAGGGCAUCCUUGUCAGAGGGUAGGACAGCUUACAGUGUUCGGCAAGAAUGCUUGCCAUGGUGUCCGACCCAAGUAAGGUCAAGAAAGAAGAGAAAACCUUACUCCAAACAUCAGAUUGCUGAACUUGAGAAUGAGUUCCUCAUGAAUGAAUUCAUUAACAGGCAGAAAAGAAAGGAACUCUCAGAUAGGCUAUAUUUAAGCGACCAACAAGUUAAAAUUUGGUUUCAAAACCGAAGGAUGAAAAAGAAACGUUUAAUUAUGCGGGAACAUGCACUUUCGAUAUAUUGAAGCUACGCAGUUCUGGAAAAGAACGCAAAGACGUGUAAGA